CCAUCUUUAUUACUUCGAAAAUCAUCUCAAGAUAUAUUUAAUAAAGAGAUAAAUCUAGAGCGUUCAUUUACUAUUCAAAGAAAACCUAAUUUAAAAAAGUACAUUUAAUUUAUUGCAAAUGAGUACGUUGUACAUAACUCUAUGCCACCAUAAUUUAUAUCCUGGAUUUUUGUUUGGUAUCAUAUUAUUACUUGCAAGUUACAGAUCAGUAAAAGGGUGUUUUUGGCAAGAAAAUAUUAUGCCAGACAAUCUUGGCAAUAUAGCUUCAAUUUCAAGUAAUACUCAAAAUGACUGUUGUCAAUAUUGUCUUGACAGCUUUAAUGACACCUUGGCUGCGUUUUAUAAAGAUUUUGUCUGCACAUGUUUAAAAAUAUCUCAUAUUACAGUUCCAUUUAAUGGAAGCUUUUAUACAUAUAUAACAAGAGAUCCUAUAAGGCUUAACCAAGGAGAAUAUGAAUGCGGCCGUCGUGGAACCUUCAAUUUACUAACUCUUCACUAUGUCAUAAGCCAGUAUGAGUUAUAUUAUGUGCAAUUUAUUAACAUGGAUCUUAAUUCAAACUUUUCAACCUCAGUCUUAAUGUUGACACCAAAUAAAAACCAAAUAAAUUAUGAAUAUGCUACUGUUGGAGUUUCCAUUUCAGCAACUCGUCACAGUUCUGUUAAUUUCUUUCAAGAUUUAACUUAUACAUUUUUGGUUGGCUUUGUAAACAUAACAACUCAGUUUGCAAUUUCAUAUACACGAUUUGCAUAUAAUACACAAAGACUUAUUGUUUAUCUUAAACCCUUUAAAGUUGUGGCAAAUGUAAAGAAUAGUCAAGCUGCUGCUUGGGUUCAUGAUGUUUAUGCUUAUUAUUCGAUAAAACAAAAUGCUUUUUCAUCUGUAUGUAGCAUAAAAAAUGAUUAUGAUAACUCAACAGCAGAUUCAGAAAAUGUUACUUUUGAAAUUUACUUUAAUGCAAAAUUAAUGAGAUACAAAGAACAUAACUUUGUAGUGAGUGGAAUGAUGUCUAACGUGACAGCUCAACUGUUUGUAGAAACAAAUAAGUUUAAAAUAACUAUCCCAAGAUUACGAAAUGGUGUAUACAUUAUGAUGAAUGUCUUAUUUUACUCUUUAACGAAAAGCCAACAAAAGUUUGAAUCUUUAUAUCAUGAGAUCUCAGCUAUAACCUAUCAGAAUGGAACACCCGUUCAAACAUUAGUACAUUAUAAUAAGCUGUAUUCAAAUUUUGUAGUGCAGAAACAAGCCAGAAACCGUAAAUUUGUUGGCGAUAAAUUUUCACUGCUUCAUUUCAAUAACGUCUUUCUUGUGUGUGAAAGCGCAAGAGAUAGAUCAAGAAAUUAUUGUGGAAUUUUGUCACUUGAAGAUAUAACAACAUUUACAAUUUCUGAAGAAAUUAGUUGUCAAACAUAG